AUGGAUCCGUGGAAAGCAUCGGGCCCAGAUGUCUUUCCUCCAGGUUUUUACUUAUCUCAGUGGGAUAUAGUUAAAUAUGAUCUGGUUAAAGUUAUUCAAAAUUUCUUCAGAAGUGGAUUUAUCUACAAAAGAGUGAACCAAACAAGACUCAUGAUUGUGCCAAAAGUUAAGAUUCAUAGCUCUCCAACUGAUUAUCUUCCUAUAGAUCUAUGCAAUACUUCAUAUAAACUAAUAUCCAAGCUGAUGGCGAGAAGAAUGAAGGUAGUUCUCACUAAAGUUAUUUCUCCUCUACAAUCGACAUACGUCUCUGGAAGGCUUAUCACAGAUAAUAUUUCUCUAGCGCAUGAGAUCAUCCAUACACUUAAAAGAAAGAAGAAGGGUGAAAAUUAUAUUGCUCUUAAGUUGGACAUGUCGAAGGCUUUCGACAAACUAGAAUGUCCUUUCAAACCUACUUGGGGUAUUCUCCAAGGAGAUCAUAUCUCUCCGUAUUUGUUCAUAAUUUCUAUGGAGGCUUUGUCUAGAGAAAUGGUGGCAGUUGAGUUCUCAAAAAGCAUAAGCGGAAUUCAAAUUGAUAGAAGGGCACCUCCUAUAAGUCAUUUGCUAUUCGCGGACGAUUGUCUUAUCUUCGUUAAGGCCAAUCUGGAUAAUAUCAACAAUCUUCAAGACAUUCUGAAUUCUUUUAGUUCAAGCUCAGGUCAAGUGCUAAAUUAUCAAAAAUCAAGUAUUUGUUUCAGCAAUAAUAUUAGCACGGAGGCAGCUACUACUAUCACAAGGAUUCUAAAUGUUAAGAAGAUGGAACCUGAAGAAAAGUACUUAGGUAUUCUGUUGUUCCUUAACAAAAAGAAGAGAGUCUCGUUCAAUAAUCUGGUCGUAAACAUGGAAAGAAGAUUGUCUAAAUGGAGAGGCACAACUCAUUCGCAAGCUGGUAGAGGUGUAAUGGUACGUAAUGUGUUAAGUACCAUCCCCCUGCAUCAAAUGAGUUCGUUUGAGUUACCUGAGGAGACUAUUAAAAAGAUGGAUUCAGUUCAUCUUAGAUUCUGGUGGAAUAAAGCUGAUAAAAAAGUCUUAUGUCUUACUUCUUUCUCAAGUUUGUGCAAAACAAUUGAUGAUGGUGGUCUGAACUUCGUUGUUUUAAUCAUGCACUCUUGGAAAAAGCAGCAUGGAGAAUUUGUACAACAGAUGACACACUUCUGGUACAUUCUCUAA